AUGUCACCAUGAAAUGAAAUUUCAAAUUUGACAUUGGAUUGGAAAUCCAUUUGGGAAAAAAACAAUUUUUUUAUGAUUCCCUUUUUACAUUUGUUGAUUCAGAUAAAAACGAAAAAACUCAAUGAACAAGUCAACUAGGAAUGGGAAUUAAAAGUAGAACAAAUUAAUUAUUUUCAUAUAACGGCACAGGAGGAGAAAUUUUGAUGAAGAUUAAGUAAUGUCUGCCAAUAAUCCACCUGAUACUGCCCCUGAAGGAGUAAACCCGGAAAAUAAUGUAAUAGGAAAUGCUCCUCUUAUUGAUGUUCGUAUACGAAACAACCAAAGUCCAAUAUUUCACAUAAGGGACAGGCUAUUCCACACACUAUUCUUCAGAGUAUCAAUAGCUUAUGCAAGAGCGUUUCCACCUUGUGUCAGACGUUCCAUAGAAUUUUUCAUCUUGCUACAAGCACUAUGUUCUUUUUUCAUACUAAUAUAUAUACACAUAGCAUUCUCCAGAACAUCAUCAUGCCUUCACAAUGUGAAAGAUGUAUGGCCUAGAGAUGGGAUUCUUAGAGUUGAAAUAAUGAGCAACCCAUCGCCAGAUUACAACAUUGAAGAUAGCUAUGCCAGAGAACAAAAAUUGAAGCAGGGAAAAGAGGACGACAUCCCUAGUGUCUUAGGGUUAUUGACAAUUGAAAAUUUUAUCAAUCUUGAACCGUCGACAGUUGAUGAAGUUUCUCAAGAAACAGAACCUUUAGAUCAAUCUCUACUUGGAUAUCAUAAUGUGAAUCACUAUCCAGCAAUUAAGAAGAAAGGACCUUUAGUGAAUGUUACAGAAGUAUCAUCAACCAUAUGGGACAGUUUGGAUGCGGCAAAACAUUUUUUUUUUCAAGGUAGCAUUGAAAACAAAUCAGAAUAUUCGAAUUUGUCUGGUACCAGUCAAAGCAAUGAUGCUGCCCAAGAUUUUAAGGAUGAGAAGGACGAAUACAAUGACCUUGUUUGGCCAGAUACCCAUUACAUAGUGGAAUACUCUUUAGAGUAUGGCUUCUUGAGAUUGAAUCCGGCAACUAGAGCUAGGUUAGGUAUCCAAGUGCUCAUAGUCACUUUAGAUCCCAAUAAAGACCAGUGUUUUGGAGAUUCUUUUAGUAGAAUGAUUCUAAGCGAAUUUCUAGGCUAUGACGAUGUCUUGAUGGCUUCUAUAAAAGCGUUAGCCGAUCAGGAAAACAAUAAGGGUUAUAUGAGGAAUGUAGUUACUGGUGAACAUUAUCGAUUUGUGAACAUGUGGAUGGCAAGAACUGCCUAUUUUGCAGCCUUUUUCAUCAUGAUCAUCUUUACGGUGUCCGUGUCCAUGCUACUGCGUUAUUCCCAUCACCAGAUAUUCGUGUUCAUAGUCGACCUGCUGCAGAUGCUGGAAUUCAACGUCACGGUCAGCUUCCCCGCAGCCCCCCUGCUUACGGUCAUCCUGGCCUUGGUCGGAAUGGAGGCGAUUAUGUCAGAGUUUUUCAACGACACGACCACUGCAUUCUAUAUCAUCAUAAUGGUUUGGAUAGCCGAUCAGUAUGAUGCUAUAUGUUGCCAUACGCCGAUAACGAAGAGACACUGGUUGAGGUUCUUCUACUUGUACCAAUUCUCGUUUUAUGCCUACCAUUAUCGUUUCAACGGACAAUACAGUAGCCUAGCGCUUAUCACUUCUUGGCUCUUCAUUCAGCAUUCUAUGGUGUACUUCUUCCACCACUACGAGCUACCGGCGAUCCUGCAGCAGGCCCACAUCCAGCAGUUCCUACUCAGGACCAAUCCGAAUCCAGCGCUGUUGGUGCGUGCCGCCGCCCAAAGGGGUCCGGGCGACAGGACGGCGGGCGGGGGCAGCGGCAGGAAUACCCCGACGGUGCUGAGUCUGAACCCCAUCCGGAGGAUCAACCAGUUCCUGAGCACGGUGCGUUCCUCGGUCACGACACAGACCAGCGUCACCACCACCACCCAGGUGGCAACAUCCACGUCCAACGAGAACAACACAACAUCGGUGGGCACCUCGGCGUCGCCUGCCACCACGAGCACCACUAGUCAGACCAGCGCCGCCUCGCUUGCCACGCACUCGGUGCAGACCCCCGAGGGGGAGUUCGUCAACGAGGCAAUUCAGACGACGGAAUACCCCCCCAGACCGCCUCCUGGCGCUCCUGACCAACCUUAGGAGGAGGAGGAGGAGGAGGAGGAGAUUGUUCGUAUGUACUUAUUACUGUUACCAUCGGAGCACUGAACCGAAUAAAGCUUGGAAAUCGCCUAUGGAAGGACUACGGGAACCCGGAUGGACAAUUUAGUCCUUCGUUAUGUGUUCCUGCGCCAUAUACCAAUAGCAUGUAUCUAGACCGUAGGAUAUUUGAAAAUGGACUAAUGUUUUGUAUAGCACCACGCAGACGUUCUUACACUCAAUCCAUUUUAUUCUAAACAAUAUUUUAUGUACUGUGAAUGGAAUUGUGAAUGGAAUAGAAAAAAUUAUAUAUAUUUUGUGUGUUUUGCGAUCGAUCUGUGAUUUUUGUUGUUGUUCUGGAUCGUUUUUUCUCAGUUCCAGGUUCUGGUUCUUUUGUUAAAAAUUUUGAAAUGUAAAUAAUGAAUAUAUAUAUAUGAAAACUUGGAUAUUGUGGAUUAUUGGAUAUAUCAAUAAAACAGUUGAAAUUGA